AUGGAGGUGCUACAUCGGCCACAACUGUUUGACUUCCAUGGAGUCUCCAUGACCAAUGCUUUCACUGACAACUGGGACAACGUACAGAACUUCAAAGCAAGACCGGAUGAUAUUCUUAUCGCUACGUACCCUAAAGCAGGAACCACGUGGGUCUCUUACAUCAUAGAUCUUCUGUAUUUUGGGCACAUGGGUCCAGAUCGUCAGACAUCCAUCCCUCUUCAUGACAGAGUGCCCUUCCUGGAGCUCUAUGUACCUUUUCUACCUUCAGGUACCGAUUUGGCAGACAAACUUCCCACCACUCCUCGUCUCAUUAAAACUCAUCUACCAGUCCAGUUUGUACCAAAGUCCUUCUGGGAGCAGCGCUGCAGGGUGGUCUAUGUGGCCCGCAAUGCAAAAGACAAUGCAGUGUCCUAUUUUCACUUUGAACGCAUGAACGGUGGCAUGCCAGAACCAGGAGACUGGAGCACCUUUCUGCAGGACUUCAUGGCAGGAAAGAAGGUUUUUGGAUCGUGGUAUGACCAUGUGAACGGCUGGUGGGAGAAGAAGCAAACUUAUUCAAAUUUUCACUACAUGUUCUAUGAAGAUUUGAUUGAGGACUAUGAAAAAGAAAUAGACCGCCUGUGUUCCUUCCUUGGUUUGUCUCCUUCAGUUGAAGAGAAGGAAAGAGUCAGAGCCAGUGUAACGUUCGACAGCAUGAAACAAAACAAGAUGACCAACUAUUCCACAGUUCCUGUGAUGAACCAAGAGGUGUCUCCUUUCAUGAGAAAAGGGAAAGUUGGUGACUGGAAGAACCACUUCACUGUGGCUCAGAAUGAGCAGUUUGAUGAAGACUACAAGAAGAAGAUGAAGUAUCCUGAUCUAAAGUUUCACUGUAAAAUUUAGAGCCCUGGCUGAGCGUGAUGGAGCUCUGAAGUUAACUAGCUGAGGAUAAACCAAGUGUUGAGACAGAUUAAUUAGUAUCCCUAUUGUAGUAUUCCUAUACUAUAAUGCUUUUCCGCUUAUCCAGUUCAGGGUUGU